AUGAUAUUUUAUUCAUGUGGAAAAUGUAUAUGAGAGUGAAGUACAGCUCAGGUUACAGGUGGAUUGAUAAUGUCAGGCAGCUAUUCGGAACAAGACGUUACAUGUCUGUAGUGUAAAAACAAGGAACUGAAAAGGCUAUGUGGGACUAUGCUCAAAUCUCUUUUCAUUUGCUUUACAACUUAGCAGAAAAUAAAAGUAAAUAUCAGUAAUGACCGCUUACAAAGCUACUAAGUACAUUCUGUUUAUGUGCUGCUACAUAUUCUGGGUGGCCGGUGGGGUUAUGAUUGCUGUGGGCAUCUAUGCUAAAGUAGCCAAGGAAAACGAUGUAGUGGAUACUUUGGCAACAGAUCCAGCUCUGCUGUUGCUCACUGUAGGAUCCCUCACAUUCAUCAUUACAUUCUUCGGGUGUUUCGGGGCACUGCGAGAUGGUGCCAUACUGCUGAAAAUGUUUUUAGGAAUUUUAAUGGUCAUCCUGUUCCUGCAAAUCGCUGCUGCUGUUCUGGGCUUUCUCUUCUCAGACAUGGUUCUAAAGAGGACAGAACUGCUAAUGAAGAAAGCCAUCGUAUUAUAUCGAGAGGACAUGGAUUUAGAAAAUGUGAUUGACUUUGUGCAGAAAAAGUUCCUAUGUUGUGGAGUGAAUUAUUACUCAGACUGGUCUCAGAACGCAUAUUUCAACUGCUCUGUGAAUAACCCUAGUCUGGAAGCCUGUGGUGUGCCUUUUUCCUGCUGUGUACGACAGCAGAAUGAGACUGUGUUCAAUUCCAUGUGUGGCUACAAAUCUCAGGGGAUGGAAGAAUCCUUAAUCAAGCAGCGCAUUUAUGUCAACGGCUGCCUGAACAAAAUAGUGCUGUGGGGGAAACAGAACCUGCUGCUGGUUGGAGGGAUCAGCAUCGGCUUGCUCUGUCUCGAGAUAUGUAUGAUUUCAUUGGCAGCUGCUCAGCUCAUCCAAAUCCAGAAAAAAGGAGAAGAAAAAAGCAAAUCACAGGCCAAACAAGAGGUGGAUUAAACUCUUGCCAAAUGUCUAAACCCAUUAGUGGCAUAACGAUUUCAUAAUAUGUACAGUAUAUCUGAAAUCGUACAUUUAUAAGCAUAUAUGCAUGCGCAGGAACUACUCAGUCCCUCCAGGAUUUUGCGAUCGCAAAUAUGAAUGCAAAAUCAAGCAAACUCCACAAUAUUCGGAGGAGCUUGCAAUUUUUCAAAAUGAUCGCAGAUUUUCUGCAGAUUUGGGCCAAGACGCAUCAUGUGAUGUCACGUCGACACACAUUCAUCCAAAGCCCUCUUCGAUUCGCAUGCAUCGAACGUGAGUACAGCUAAAAAGUCUCAUUUACCAACAAACAUCACUGCGAAAAACCGUGAAAAACGAUUUCGUCCAGUUGCAACUCGCCAAUUCAAGCAGUUUUCCGCAAAAAAAGCACAAAAAACUCAUGCAAAAUCAAGCAAUUUUGGCUGCAACAAUUACAACAAUGCUCUGCGAAAUCCUGUACGGACUGAUUACUCACAUGUAAACAUUGUCUGUAAGUAGAAACUGCUUUUUAAAAAUUAAGGCUGUUGAUUAAUCUUUUAAUUAUUUUGUCCUUGUAAAUGAGCCCUUGAUUGUAGAUGUUUUAUAACGAGACGACUUGUACAUACAUUGUUAAAAUAUGAAUGUUGGGAUUCAUGUUAAUUUUGUACGAAAAGAAAUGAUCGGAGAUUAUAACAUGCUUUUAAACAUCAAUAGUAUCAAACGCAUUUUCAAUACUCAGUCAUUGUUUAUCAUGUGCUUGCAAUGCAGUCCUGAUAUUUGUUUUUUUCAGAAAUGAAAUAGUACUGAUUACUAAAAUGAAUAAUGCUCAACGAAUAAAGCCACAAAAUGCUGGUUUCUCAUAGAA